UAGCAGUUUUUGUUUACAACAAAAACAAGAGGACACCAUGACUUUAAGAUUAAUGGCCUAAAGAUGGAAUGGAAAAAUCCUCACCAGUAUCUAGUAAGGAAUUUGUGGACACUCCCUGGCUGGGGGCGGGAGUAACGGGAAGUCCCUCCGCAUUCAGCUCAGAAAGGUUUACUUUCGGUUUAGCUCCGCUGUUUGCAGAGCAAGGCGAGGAGGAAGGACGUCCAUCGAGGUCUGCUGGCGCUUUGAGUUGCACUGAAUUGUUGGGAAACCAAUUCUUCCACAAAGAUCAUCAUCGUCAUCAGUCAUGAAUAUCUGUGGCCUUAUCACAAAGUCUGAGGAACCUGUGCCCUUGAAGAGCAUCUCUGUGGAUGUGGUGGUCCGAGGCUUUGUGGCUGACGUGGUGUCUGAGCUUCGCUACCACAAUGAGGAGAAGUCCCCAGUGGAGGUGGUGUUUGUCUUCCCUCUGGAUGAUGAAGCCGCCGUAUAUGCCUUUGAGGGCCUGAUUGGUGGGACACGGAUUGAGGCUCAGAUCCGAGAGAAGAAACAGGCAGAGCAGGAAUAUGAGGAUGCCUUAAGUGAAGGCCGGCAGGCUUUCCUGCUUGGAAGAGAAGAAAACACCAGUGACAUUUUCACCUGCAGCCUGGGUAACCUCCCUCCCGAUGGGGAGGCCAUGCUGAAGCUCUCCUACGUCCAGGCCUUGGCUCCAGAGCCCGAUGGGGCCAUCCGCUUUGUCCUGCCCGCUGUCCUCAACCCCCGCUAUGCACCUCAAGGUUCAGAAGGGGGCAAUGUCACCAAGAGCAUACCCCGAGUGCCCAAGGGGACGCUUCCUUACACCCUCAGCCUCAGUGCUAUGCUGGAGUCGCCUUAUGGCAUCAACCGUGUGGAGUCCAAAUGCACCCUUGAGCCCUUGCGCUACAGGGCAGAAGACCGUACGAUUGCCCAGGUCUCCUUGGCUGAAGGGCACCAAUUUGACAGAGAUGUGGAGCUGCUGAUAUAUUACGAGGAUGUUCACAAGCCCAGCGCCCUCCUGGAGGCUGGGAAGCCUGGGGCUGCCCCAGGUGAGCAAAGCCUAAGGCAACAGAGGACAUGGGGGCAGAAACUCAAAAGGGUGCUGAGAGGUGAAAGGACUGGAUCCUCGCUGAUGGGGGACCCGGCUCUCCUGCUUACUCUGUACCCCAGCGUCCCUGCCCCAAAGCCAAGCCAGAAGGCAACUGGAGAAUUCCUCUUCCUGCUGGAUCGCUCUGGCAGCAUGGAGUGCAACACCGAGUAUAGCUCUGAUUCACCUGAUUCACCUAUGCGCAUUCAGAGCGCCAAGGAGACCCUGAUUCUCCUGCUGAAGAGUCUCCCUCUGGGAUGUUACUUCAACAUCUAUGGCUUUGGAUCCACCUAUGACUCCUUCUACCCGCAGAGUGUAGAAUACACCCAGGAGACCAUGUCCAAGUCCCUCCAACGGGUGAAGGAGCUGCAAGCCGAUCUGGGGGGUACAGAGAUUCUGCAGCCGCUGCAGGCCAUUUACAGCCAGCCAUGCCGAGAAGGGUAUCCUCGCCAGCUCUUUGUGUUCACGGAUGGAGAGGUGUUUAAUACAGAUGAGGUCAUUGCUGAAGUUCGACGUCACAGCAGCUCCCACAGGUGCUUCUCCUUUGGCAUUGGCGAAGGGGCCUCCACAGCCCUCAUCAAAGGAAUUGCCCGUGCGGCCGGAGGAAGUGCUGAAUUCAUCACAGGCAAGGAGCGCAUGCAGGCCAAGGCCCUGCAGUCUUUGAAGAAGGCCCUGCAGCCAGCAGUGACCAGGAUCUCUCUGAGCUGGGACUUGCCUCCUGGUCUGAAGGCUGAGCUUGUGGGGUCAGGCCCACAGGUCAUCUUCCAGGGCCAGCGCUGCCUCAUUUAUGCCCAGAUCCGUGGGCAGCAUCAGUCUUCAGGCUCCACAGAAGGGACUGUUGUUCUUCAGUACCAGUUCCAAGACCAGACUUUCAAAGAAACAAUGAAGUUCUCACUCCAGGCUCAGGAGAGUGACAGGCUCCCUGUUCACCGUCUGGCAGCUCAGGCCCUCCUGCAGGAACUGGAGGGGGUCGGGGAGAAGGAAAAGGAAAAACAACGCCUGGCUCUGGAGACGAGCCUGAGUUCAGGGGUGGUGUGUUCACAGACCGCCUAUGUGGGAAUUAACACAGAGCUGGGCAAGCCACUUCAAGGGCCUCUCACUCGCCGAGACGUUCCCCAUCCGUAUCUAUUGCCCUUUUCAGCACCUGGUGGACCUGCUGUGAUUAAUUCAGUUGGCAUGAGCAGCAUGAGCAGAAGACUAGUAGGAGGAGGAGGACCUAUGUAUAUGAUGUGCAGUAUGCCAGUUCCUCCCGUCCCUUGCUCUGCUGAUUGCAUGAAUGAGAUUGAAGACACCUUAUGUUCGGAGUCUCUUUGCGAGGACGUUGAGCCCACCCCCAAGAAAGAGGAAUCUCCUUUCUUGAACCUGGUAUCUCUGCAGAAUGCUGAUGGCUCCUGGCCACUUGAUUCUGACCUGGCCAGCAUCCUAGGCCUGAGUGAGGCUGAGAUCUCAAGCAAAUCACCUGCCCAGGUGGCCCUGAACGCGUGGGCGACAGUGCUGGCCAUCCUAUGGCUCCACAUCAAUGCCAUGGAGCAGAAGGAUGAGUGGGAGUUACUGGAAGCUAAAGCUCUCAGCUGGCUCCAUGCAACCACAGGGCCUCAGCUGGCUGAGUGUGUAAAGGCCGGCAAUGCAAUGCUUGGAAGCGGUGUGAGCCCGGAUGUUUUUGAAAUCUGAGUUUCUCUCUGCAAUUUUCUCUCUGUGCCUUUUAAAACUGAAGUUUCUGCUUCACUCUUCUUUCCCCCCCCCCUCCAAGUGUACCCAGCUGUAUUCCCACUAGGGUGUCAUCAAUCCCAAGCUGUGUGCUUGCUUCUGAUGCUGCCAUAGCUUCGCUGCAAAAAGCACCGGAGUUUCCUUCCUCUGGAAGGAAAAGGGGGUUAUAGAGAUGCUAAGAAUUUAGUAAAGAUGUUCGGAAGUCAGAAGGAGGGAGGGAAGGAAGUCUGUGCUCAUUUGAGCAAUGUUUAAGGUUAUUGUUGUAUGUAACAAAAUGUGAUUAUGAUAAAUAUGGAAAACUCAAUAAAAAUUAAUUUAAAAAAAAGAGAA